UCGGGAGUAGGAUGCUGCUGCUGCUGUUGUCGUUGAACGUCGUCGCCGUUGCCGACGCCGUCUUUGGUUGUUGCGUAUGAACUCGUACCGAGUGUGGUGGUAGAAGAGUGUCCUAUUCUGGUUGGUGGCAUUAGAAGUCGUCGCGAGUUCAUCGGGCGAGGAUAUACUCGAGAGUAGUGUCGUCUCGUGGAGGAUUUUUUUCCUGCCGUUCGUGUUCGAUAUGGGUUUGCGAAUGUGGUGUGAGGGGAGUGAAAAAAAGAUGGGGCGCAGAGGUGUUGAAUUUUGAGGCAUCGAAAACAACGGGAAACUUGUGUAAACUUGCCGAAAAGAGUUCGAAAUUCGUCAAAUCGUGAAUUAAAGUUUGAUUGAUAGAGUGCGAUAUCGAUCGGCGGUGAUUGGGGCAUGAGCUGGAGUGGAGAGUAGCGAUAAAAUAUUGCAAAUAAGCCGGAUGGCAGUGCGGUGUUAUUCGUGUUUUCUUGUUUCGCUGUUGGGUCAGCCGAUCGAAGUGAAGAGAAAGAGCAGUGGGCGAGGCACCGAAGAAUAAAGAAGUUUGGAGCAAAGUUUGAAUGUUUUUUUCUGGCCACUCGCUGUGGCCAGCAGUGAAAGGGGCUGGUUCUCGCUAAUGAAAAGUUCAAGAUGAAAAUGCCAGGAGCAGAACGAAUCGCAGCAGGUCGCUUGUGCUCAUCAGGAAUGGUUGGAGGUGCGGGCCGCAAGCAGCGGAGUCUAAUCAUCUGUGGAUUUGUCAUUUCGCUGAUGUUUACAACAUGUUACAGUAGUCAAGCGCUGGAGUUCACAGUGGAACCGGCGGAUCUGACCGUACCGGAGGGAAACUCCGCCCUGUUGCAGUGUGCCGGCCGGCUGGACCCGAAGGCGAUGCUGUUGCGCGAGGGAAAGGUAGCCCCAAACAUUCGGUGGCGCGGCCCGGACGGGCAGGACAUCGGAAUCGUGGGAGACACCUUCCGGUCGCAGCUGACCAACGGGUCGCUGUACAUCAGCACGGUCGAGAGCAACCGAGGGCUGACGGGGUUCUACCAGUGCUUGCUCACGGUGGACGGCGUGGGGACGAUCGUGAGUCGUUCGGCCCGGGUGGCUAUUGCAGAUCGUCCCGAAAUCAACCAGGACUCACACGAAAUCUACCUGUACACGGGCCAAACGGCGUACUUCAAAUGCAUGUCCAGCCCUCUGCCCUUCAAUCUAGAGGCACGCUACCACGUCGAGUGGCUCAAGGAUGAGUCACCAGUCCGGAUGGACUACACCCGGAUGCUGCUGUUACCUUCGGGAGCGCUUGAAAUCGACGAAGUCAUCCCAGCUGAUCGGGGGACCUACCAGUGCAACGUCUCGUCCGGGAUAUUCUCCAACUUGAGCAGUAAGUCCAACCUCAACAUCAAGUCCACCGCCGGACAACCCCAGAGCUUCGAGCCGCCCUCGUUUGUGAUAGUGCCUCAACCGCAGACGGUCAAAGAAGGCGACACGGUCAUCCUGGACUGUGUAGCCAAUGGGAAUCCAAAGCCCACGAUCAAGUGGCUACGCAACGGCGAGGAAAUAGAUAUGAACGAUUUGGACUCGAGGUUUCGAAUUAUAGGAACGGGAUCGCUCCAGAUCAACUCCAUACAGGACCUGGAUGCUGGAGACUAUCAGUGUAGGGCGAGCAACUCGGAGGAUUCGUUGGAUGCCUCGGCAACUGUUCAAGUGCAAGUGCCACCGAAGUUUAUCCUCAGUCCGGAGGACAAGGUUGCCUACGAGAAGGAGGAGUUGGAGCUGCAGUGUUCGAUCCACGGCAAACCGACGCCCAUCAUCCAGUGGCUGAAGAAUGGCGACUUGAUUACGCCUAAUGAGUAUAUGCAGAUUGUUGGAGGCCAUAACCUCAAAAUAUUCGGCCUGAUUGGCUCCGACGCCGGAAUGUUUCAAUGCAUUGGGACCAAUCCGGCUGGGAGUGUGCAAGCUGCGGCCCGCCUCGAGAUCAUCGAACCAGGACAAAAACGACACAAGAAUAAGAAGUACUAUCAAAAUCAGGGGAAAAUGAAAUCCUACGAAAAACCCAUCCAUUCCGACCCGAAAUUGUCCAAAGGAAUCCUGGAUAGCUUGCUGUCCCGCACUAAAGACAAAGCCAACAUCAAUCAGAACAAGUUCCAGUACGAUGACUACACGGACGACGACUACCUCGAGCACGAGGAAGAUCACGACGAAGACGAUGACGACUCCGGCAAAAUCUACGCCCUCCGACCGAACGAAGACCCGAACAAACUGUACCAAUCGCUGACGGGGUCCGAAAAUGGCGACACCGGAAUAAGCCACUUUUCUAACUCCCAAUAUCCCAUCAAUGCUGUCACACGGAAAUACUCCAAAUCGCACCUGCUACCGCUAGACGGAAGCGGAAAGUUUGCGGCGCCUCUACCGGGACCACCACGAGAUCUGCAGGCGCAGAUUGUGAAACCGCGCUUCAUCACGCUGAGCUGGCUGGAACCGGCCAAGAAUCCGGACGAGGUCAUAUCGUAUUCGGUUUACUACAAGAUGCACACCAGUGAGAGGGAACGAAAAAUCACCACCAAGUCCCGCGAUGAACAGGAAGUCAACAUCCAAUCGCUAAUGCCCGGAAAGACCUACCAGUUUCGAGUGAUCGGCAACAGCAACCACGGUUCCGGAGAAUCCUCCCAACUGCUGGAAGUACGCACCCAUUCCGAGGAAAACAUUGCCGGACCUCCGCAAAACAUUCGCGGUGAGGCCUUGUCCGACAAAGAAAUCCAUCUGCAGUGGGAUCCGCCACUCACAUCCACCGCUGAGAUUUCAAAAUAUCGCGUAUACUACGCUGAAAACGACAACGGCGACGAGAUGUACUCGGACACCAUGUCCACCGAUAUCACGCUCAGUGAAUUGCGGCCGUACACCGAGUACACCCUCUACGUGGUGCCCUGGAAUCAGAUGGGCAUGGGAGACCCGUCGCACGAAAUCGUUGUCAAGACACAUUCCACCGUCCCAUCGGAGGCCCCGUCCAAUGUCACUCUGGAGGCGUCCAGCUCAACGUCGAUCACCAUCCGGUGGCAACCGCCACCCGUGGAAGAUCGGAACGGUCAGAUAACCGGCUACAAAAUUCGCUACCGUAAGAAUAAGAAACCGCUCCAGGUGGAAACGACGCCGGCCAACAUCCGGCACUGGGAGCUCAAAGGACUGGAGCGGUUGUCUGCGUAUCAGGUCAAGAUCGCAGCAAUGACUGUGAACGGCUCAGGGCCAUUCAGCGAAUGGCAUCACAUUGAGACGUAUGAGAACGAUUUGGACGAGUCGCAGGUUCCCGGACAGCCUGGCUGGAUAAAGACUCGUCCCGGGGCGGAUAGCAUAACGGUUCUAUGGGCUCCACCACACCAUCAAGAAAUAAAGGUACGUAACUACAUUCUCGGGUGGGGUAAGGGCAUUCCCGACGAAGACACGAGUGAUGUUGAGGAGCACAUUCGAUCAUUCGAAGUACGGAAUCUGGAGCCAAAUACGGAGUACGUGAUUUCUUUGCGAGCGCGGAACAACAUGGGAGACGGACCUCCGAUCUACGACACUGUGCGGACACGUGAAGACUCACCAAUUGAGGCGCCAACUCCCUUAGAAGUACCCGUUGGUUUGCGGGCUAUCCCAAUGUCCGGUACAUCAAUCGUUGUCUACUGGACAGAUACAACCCUAAGCAAAAGCCAACAUGUUACCGACAACCGGUACUACGUUGUGAAGUUCACUCCUACUGCGUCGACCCGAAUUCGAUUCUACAAUACAACAGAUCUCAACUGCAUGAUUGGAGAUCUCCGACCGAACACUCAGUACGAAUUCGCGGUCAAGGUUGUGAAAGGUCAUCGACAGUCGGCGUGGUCCAUGUCGGUCAUCAACUCCACCCAUCAGGCGGCUCCCGUGUCACCACCUCGAGAUCUUACAGUUUCCUACGAUGAUCGCAAUCCUCUGACAGCAAUUCUGCAUUGGCAACCUCCGAAGCAUAGUAACAGUCCAAUCAAUGGAUAUGUGGUUCUCUAUACUACCGAUCCUAACAAACGAGAUCGAGAGUGGAAUGCCGAAGCGGUUGUUGGUGACAAAACCACAUCUGAAAUCACCAACUUGGAACCUCACACCACGUACUACUUCAAAGUGCAGACUCGCAACGCCAAAGGCUACGGAUUGUUCUCAGCAAUGGUAUCGCAAACCACCGGAGCCGAUGUGGACUCCAGUGAGAAUCUCUCCAUGCCGAAGGGGAUUUCACCGGAGAUGAUCUACGUGAUCGUAGGAUUUUCAAUUCUGACGGCAGUAAUUGCCGUGUCCGUCGUUAUUCUAAUCUGUCGGAAAAAGCCCGAAGGAACGCCGGAACAUGCGAAGAAGAGUUACCAGAAGAACAAUGCGGGGAUCAUAAAGCCCCCAGACCUCUGGAUUCACCACGAUCAGAUGGAGCUUAAGAACAUGGAUAAGAGCAAUCACAGUACGACGACGCCGGGAUCGGUGGAUGGUGGAGCUUCCAGUAGUGGAGCUAUGACUUUGCCACGCUCAGUUGGGGGACACGAGUUCGACAGUGAGACUCCGAUUACGCACGUGACGAAUUCGCUGGAUAAGCGAAGUUAUGUUCCUGGUUAUACAGGAACGACGACACCACUGAGUUCCACCAUGGAACGACCACAGUAUCCUCGCACUCAGUACAACAUGGCAUCGAGGCCGCAUAUAUCGCUGGAUCAGCAGACUCUGUCGCAGCAGAGUUUACUGCAGCAGCCACCUCAGCUACCGCCGGCAAACUCGCUGGUGCAAACGCCGGAGAAUCCCUACACUUACGAAGGAAACUAUAGUAAUCCCAAUGUGACGUACGCUCCGGGCAUGACCGUGGACGCACCGAAACGGGGGCAGGGUCAUCCCCUCAAGAGCUUCAGUGUACCUGCGCCACCCGCUUCGACGCCGAUCAUCAGCAGCCAGGGCAAGCAUGCACAAACCCCCUCGGUAACGAUACGUCCGCAGAACUCAUCCCCCUACAAGAAGCCCCCGUCACUCUCGACGAGUUCCCUCACGAACCGGCUGCAAACCGGACCAGCGGUGCAGCACUCCACCGACGAAAUCCAACGGUUGGCUCCGUCCACUUCGACCGAGGAACUGAACCAGGAGAUGGCCAACCUCGAGGGUCUGAUGAAGGACCUCAGUGCAAUAACGGCCAACGAGUUCGAGUGCUGAAUCGAUCACCACACCAAGCGCAUUGUGGGCGACGAGGGGGCGUCGGAGUGGAAGUGAUGAACUUAUUUAGUCAUUCUCAAUUUACGGAAACGAAAGUAUGUUUAAGUUUAAAGUGAAAUUUUGGAAAGCUCUCUUCCCGAUUCUAUGAGCCACGUUCAUAGGAUGGCUUACGAAGUCUUGCAGCGCCGCAGGACACUUUCCCGUGUAAGAUCAUUUGUAUACAAGUCAAGUGCUUUUCCACUGAUACUUUUACUGUCCAGAGACCGAAUCGUAAUAUAUGUGGAUUAGGUGUUUUAAAAUUAUUUAUUUAUUCUCGCGACAAACAAAAAAACACUGAAUCAAAAUCGUACUAUGAAAAUUAAUAAUCUACAUGUAAAAAUGGAAAACAAGUAGGCGUUGAAGGAUAGAGCGCCCGUUCGUUCGAAACGGUUUCGUUCGUCGUACAUUUUGUCCAAACAGUGAGUACGAUUUUUUGCUAUUAAGAUAACUAAACAGAAAACUAUCAGCUGUAAAUAGAGCUUAAUGAUAAGCCUUUAUUUGUGCAUGUCGAUGCCAUGAAUAUGUACUGGCAUGAAUCGAUAUUAUUAUAAGGUCACACGUCGUCGUUUAGAGAAGCAGAAAGCGACCAAGCCAUUUUCUAUAAAAACGAUUUUAUUUUAGCUACGUUAAAUUAAAUAUUUUUAGCUUUUAAGUAACGAACCGAUAGCUAGCAUUUCAUUCCCAGUGAUUUUUAAUUUUAUAGAUUGAAUUUUAGAUUAGUUGUUUUCGUUUUGUGGAAGUAAGACAUCGACGGUGCUGCCGAUGAUUGCAUUUUGCAUUUAUAUUUGUCUCGUUCGUAUAGUAAGAUUAAAACCGGAAAAGUUCAACAAACACAAGGGCAUGGUCCCAAAUUAAACUACAACAAGAGGAAUCUAGACCCAGGGAUCAAAUCACUCAUUCACAAACCGAAUAAACCGUAUGGAGCCUGAUUUUUUUAAAUAGAAAGAUCUAACAAAUAAAGUGUCACUUCUUGAGUCUGUUCUAAAAAGUAGAUUUCAGGUGCAUUUUGAUUAUUUUUUUCGCCAUGAUCAAUUCAAAUAAUAUAGUUUCGUACAAUCGCUCCUUUUGCCAGUGGAGAUGGGACUGGGAUAGUCCCUAUCUGGCUUCCCUUCCUUUUCGUAGAAGCUUGACACGAGGAAUGAUCGUAUUGGAGUAAUAUUAUUAAUAGAUAUAUUUUAUUCUAUUUUAUAUCUAAACUUAGUAUGGGUCAAAGCUUUGGAAAACAAUAUUUAUAUAUAUUUCUCAUUGUCAAAAACCUAAAUUGAUUAUAUUUUGCGAAGAAAUAAUUUUAAAGCAUCUGUAAUGGUACAGUUAUCGAAAAUUAAAGCUCAACAUCAACUGCCAUAAGUUAACUCACAGAAUGAUUGUAUUUAAGUUCCGCAAAUUUUCUCAUUCUUAUCUUACAUAGCUAGCCAGCUUAACGUCAUUGUAAAUGUAAAUCACAUCAAAUUUCGUAAUAUUUCAAUCUUCAAUCUAAUCAAUCAAGUAUACAUCAUAUACAUGAAGCCGACAAACAAAAAAAAUAAUGUAAAGUAGUCGUAUUUUAUAAACUCAAGAUUUUUACACCUCACACCCCCGAAUUUGCACCUUUCACAGAAAGUACACCGAAACACAUCAUCACAAUGAAACCAAACGAACAGAUGACACAAAAAUGCAAGGGAUCACACACACACACACUCACCGAAAUACUUCACACAUUCACGCAAUCACAAACGUAAACACAAACACACAACUCCCACCAUCUUACAAAACAUGAAUGGAACUUUCCCCAUAUUCCUAGAAAAGAGGAAUCAAUUCGUUCCCAGAAUACUUUUUAUACGUAUUAUACAAAAAUAGUCACGCCAUUCGAAUGUAAAGUAAGCAUGAUUUUAAACCAAAACUACUUUCGGCCAGAGCACCGAGAUGAAGAGAAAUGCCUAAUUGAAAAUUAAUAUGAGUUUUUUUUAGGAAAAAAUAUACAACAAACUGAGCGAAACAAAUUUUUGCGGUGACGUAAAACAAGCAACAUAUUGGUUUCCAUUUUACACUGCAAAUCAAAUUCGGUACACUCGAGGAGAAUUAAUCGCUAAAUUGGCUGCUAAAUAUAGGUAGUGAAAAAUAAAUGAUUGAAUGCCUAAUGUAAAUAGUACUACUCUAAUGGGAUCGUAUUUAUUGCAAGACGAAAACAAACAAACAUUACUGUCUAUAAAUCAGUCCGAUUCGGAAAUUUCAAAUUAUUUCAACCAUUUAAUUUCGAAACUGAACAAACUAAUCAAAAUCAGACGAAUCUGCGGUGUAAAAUACGACCUCUGAAUCGAAAGCGCUGACACAGAUCAACAUUCAAACAUCAACAAGCUAAGUGAGAAUCCGAAACAAACAAAGAACAUAAUGGAUAGAAUAAAAAAAUCCUUAUAAAAUUAUUAAAA